GAGCUCCUAUUGUCGGCUUGCUUUUUUGUGCGUAAGUACUAACUUAAUUUUUUGUGCUUUUGCAGAGAUGCGACCAAACACCAAGAAGUUGUUGUUGGAGGUGACGAAGUUGUUGAAAAAGACCCCGAGCAAGGGCUCGUCCAAGAAACAAGCACCAAGAGGAGGGGCACCCACCGAGAGGACACCUCGACCACAGGCGCCUACUGGUGUCAAAGCUGAGAGGGGGAAAGGACCGGUUGAGGCAGACCAGCAGAGAGUGCCUGCCCCGAAGAGGCCAACCAAGCCAGUUCAGCAGCUCAGCCCCCGAGGGGUAAGAGGCUGGCAACAAAGAAUCGCCCAAUUGAGGGCGAUGACAAAGGCACGAGCACGCUGAGGGGCCCCGUUCUUCGUCCAAGCUGAGGGACGGCAUGUUGUUGAUGAGGGGACAUACCUUCCACCCUCAGUGGAAUGUCAAGGAUGGGGACUCCAUAAGCACCUCAGGGGUCGACUAGGCCUUGCUUACUGGAAUGGUGUCGUCGGCUGACAAGCACGCCAUGACCCAGAAGGGCAUGUAGGGUGUCUGCGGCACCCUUGUGGACCGCAUGGCUGAGGCUACCUGUUAUGUCGUCGACCUUUGCAAUAAAGUGGAGGUCCUUUUGUCUCAGCUGAAAGCCUCUGAGGAGAAGAGGGAUCAACUUAAGGUACGGGUUGCCGAAGUAGAGAGUGGUCGAGAGUCAAUUGUCUUGGCCAUGCACGAGGAACAUGACUUGAGGAAGGUCUUGGAGGUCGAGAUCACGAUCAAAAAGGAGCUGGUGAGAAACUUGAAGGACGCGCUGAAGGCGUCCGAGGAGAGGAGGCUCCUAUCCGAGGAGGGGCACAAGGCUGCCGAGAAGCAGGCAGAGGAGGCCGUGGAGGCCUAGAAGGCGUCGGUGGAGUAUGAUAAGGCACUGGCUGCCUACGGGGCUUCUGCAUAUCUAGAGGGCAUUGAUGACACCAAGGCCCAAGUACAUGCUUUGAUGCCCAAGUUUGAUGUCAAGCAGUUGGGGGCUCCUGCCUGAGCCAGGGGCUGAGGUUCCAUUGGGGAGCAGCCUGCGCUAGUUGAAACGACUAAAGGGAACACCAAAGUCUGAGGGGUAGUUCUGAGUUGCUCUUUCUUAUCUUUCUCUGUUUUUUUUUUUUUUUAUAACUUUGUAAGGGUCUCCCCCGCCCCCCAUCCAAGGCCACUUUUUGUAA